GCUCGUCUCAGUGUUACUGCCCUCCCACCUUCUUCCUCUCCUUCUCUUCCUUCUGACUACUUCCUUCCAUCCUCCUACUCUAUCUCUACUGCCCUUAUUCCUCAAUCCACCGUUCCCAUUUUCCCAAGCGAUCAUCUUCCCUAACACUCGACCGAGUCCACGAUCACAAGAAACGAGAAGAUUCUCACUUACAUCCACUCAUCCCUCGCCCUUUUACAACCUGACUCGAGCAAAAAUAAACCCAGCUCAACAUGUCUACCACCACUACCCCAUCCAAGCCCAACCGCAUCACCCCGGAAGAGCAGCUUCAAUUCCUCCUCAGCUGCAUCCGCCACUCUAACAGCGGCAAGAUUGACUUCACCGUCGUCGCACAAGAAUGCAAUAUCAUCACCAAGGCCGCUGCAGCCAAGCGCUACGAACGCCUCCUCAAAUCGCAUGGCAUCAACAGCUCAGGCGGCUCACUCCCCUCUGCCAACAGCGCGCCCGCUAAGAAGCGGACCGGGGCUAGUACCAGCACCACUACCGCUACAGAGAGCACGACUCCAUCCACCCCUACCAAGGGCAGAAAGCGCAAGGCUGAUGGCAUCAGUGAUGCAUCGAAGAAGGCUAAGGGGUUGAAGAAGAUGGCUGUCGCUAGGGCUGAGAGUUGGAUGCAGAAGAAACAGCAUGCUGGCGUUGGGAUCAAGAAGGAGGAAGACGAUGAUGAGACUGAGGAGGAUGAGGAGGUGAAGGCGGCUUUGAGGGAGGAGGGACUCUCUGAUCCGGUUCAUGGUGAUGGUGAGGAGUUGGCUGUGAAGGAGGAGGAGGAGGCUGUGGAUGGUGAGGAGGAGGGGGUUGAGGGUGAUGAUGUGGAGGUGGAUGAGGCUUGAGGGCUUUGGCUUUCUUUGCUAUGAAUUACAUGAUUGAUUGGUCGGUUUGGUGGAUGAUGCAUUCAGGUUUAGGGAAAGAUGAGUUACUGAGUGAUCAUUGAUGGGGCAGAAGGAUGGUUGGAUGCGCUGUGACUUUUGCUUGCGGGCUUGCUUGUUAUUAGGUUGGGCGAUGAAGGAUGGAUGUCGAAUCAUGCGAUACUCCGACAGGAUAUUAUGAUGGACUCCAGGACUUGCAUAGGGUUUCAAUAACUGCAAAUAUGAACUAAACAUUGAUGGUAUCAAGAUACUCU